AUGGGUUCGCGCAAGAAGUCUGUUGCUGAGAAAGAGGCCGAAAUCGAGUCGGUCUGGUCAGAUGAGCCGUAUGGUCUAGAGGAGCGCGACUUCAAGAAGAAGCAGACCUUCAAAGGAUGGACUCUAUUAUAUCUUGCCUAUCAAUCAACUGGAGUGAUAUACGGUGAUAUUGGAACCUCUCCUCUUUAUGUCUACUCGUCGACAUUCAGCUCUGAGCCCUCAAGAGAUGACCUUCUCGGCGCAUUGUCGCUCAUCAUCUGGUCGUUGACUUUAAUCGUUACCCUCAAAUAUGUGUUGAUUGUCCUGGCCGCCGAUGACGAAGGAGAAGGAGGUACCUUUGCGAUAUACACUCUGCUAUCUCGCUUUAGCGAUAUCAUGAAGCGAGAUCCACGAACAUACCACGCCAUCAAGAUGGAAAGGUACCCGAAUGCCGAGCUGCCCAGACAGAGCCGUAGCAUUAGAAACUGGCUAGAGAAGAGCAAAGUUGCUCAUGCUAUCCUGAAGAUCCUCGCAGUCUUUGGUGUCAGUCUGAUCAUCGCCGACGGGAUUCUCACGCCCGCACAAUCGGUACUUGGAGCUAUUCAAGGCUUGAAAGUCGUCGAUGAUAGUAUCGGUAGCUCAACCAUCAUUGGUGUCAGCUGUGCCAUUCUCGUCUUGCUGUUUGCCUUGCAACCACUCGGGAUCCAAAAACUGGCAAGUUGCUUUGCUCCAAUCGUCAUCCUUUGGCUGUUGUUCAAUGCAUCGUUUGGUAUCUACAAUCUAGUCAUGCAUGACUGGACGGUUCUGAAGGCCUUUUCUCCCUCAUUUGCAGGUCUGUACUUUAUGCGUCUGAGAAGAGAAGGAUGGCUGUCGCUUGGCGGUAUCUUGCUUUGCUUCACAGGUGUCGAGGCUCUUUUCGCCGAUCUUGGUGCCUUCAGCAAGCGUGCUAUCCAGAUCUCAUGGCUCUGCCUCACCUUCCCCUGCCUACUCCUAGCAUAUAUCGGACAAGCAGCUUACAUCUCACGCACUCCCUCGGCGUACGCAAACCCGUUCUUCGAAACUGUGCCUCCUGGCAUGUUCUACCCGUCGCUUGUUCUCUCGAUUCUUGCUGCCGUUGUUGCCUCCCAGGCUCUUAUCACCAGUACCUUCCAAUUACUCAUUCAGCUCAUGCAUUCGUCAUACUUCCCACAGAUCAAAGCGACAUACACCAGCACCAAGUUUCACGGACAAGUAUAUAUUCCUCUUGCGAAUUGGAUCAUGAUGAUUGGCACUGUGGUAGUUACAGCCGUCUACAGCAACACGACCAAACUCGGCCACGCAUACGGCGUCUGCGUCAUCCUUGUCACCUUCAUCACCACCAACCUCGUCACUCUCGUCGCUCUGAUUGUCUGGAAGACAAACCCCUUCCUCGUCUUUGCUGUCUGGCUCCCUCUCGUCACCCUCGACGGCCUCUUCCUCUCAUCAGCUCUCACCAAAGUCCCCGAUGGAGCAUGGUUCACCCUCCUCCUUGCUAUUCUUCUCGCCUCUUUCUUCAGUCUAUGGCGCUACGGCAAAGAAAAGCAAUGGACCACCGAAGCCAAAACUCAAGCCCAACUCUCCGAGCUCGUGGCAUACUCGUCCAACAAUCUCUCCUCCUCAACCGCAACCCCUGAAGCCUCGGCAAGAAAACACUUCCACCUUUCAUGGCGACACGGUGGUGGCGAGUUGACAGAGACAAAAGGCAUGGGCAUCUUCUUCGACAAAUCCGGCACCGACAUCCACGUCCCCCAGGUCUACGAGCACUUCAUCACGAAAUUCGAAGCCCAGAUGCAGGUAGUGGUGUUCUUGCACUUGCGAGCGCUAUCUGAACCACAUGUGCACGAAGAAGAAAGAUACACCAUCGCCCGUACACCUCUACCAAAUGUCUACCGCAUGACUAUUAGAUAUGGAUACGUGGAUAGGGUAGUGACACCAGAUCUAGGUCAUUUGGUCUACGAGCAAGUCAGAAUGGCCAUUGUACGUGGUACCGUGGUACAAAGACCAAAAACCGCCGUCCCAGAGACUGUAAUGCAAGGAGCACGAAACACUCUCGGCGAUGGAGAUUUAGACCCCCACACCUCCACCAUUACCACUUUCGGCCCCGACGUCGAAGUCAGUGGUAGUGAUGGCAAUGGAGCCACUUCAGGCGCCACCGCUCUCAUAACUUCUCGUCGCCUUUUAGCUCUUGACAAUGCAUUCAAAACUCAAACAUUGUAUUUGGUUGGCAAACAGCAAUUGAGGGUUUUUGAAGACACGACAAAGGUGAAGAAGGCAUUACUUGCAGCAUUUUUGUUUGUCAGGGAGAACACGAGGGCAAAGGUUGCACAGCUCAAUGUGCCGGUGGAGAAACUCGUCGAGGUGGGCUUUGUCGGUGAGAUUUGA